AAAAACCCAACAUUAGCAUGAAUUACAUGAAAAGAAAGCACAACAUUAGAAAUAUCUUCAGAGAUCUGAGAUAUUUAACUUGUUUACCUAGUUUUUGAUUUGUGACACUACGUACUUUUAAAGAAAAAUAAACAGGUUAUGAGUCUAGGAACAAACUUUCUACAAGGGAUUUCGGGACGAUUAGUUUAACCGCGUGACACAGCAUAUGACAACGUGAACGCGAUUGUCUAAUGUGCGGAGCGUUAUACGUUCCUCCAUUCAUUGACCAAUGAGAUUCCUAUCCUCAUUUCUUCAAGUAUUUCUGCUACCAUGAAGCAAGGCAACAACCUUAUGCGAUAGAAUUUAGAUUACGUUUUUUAUUUAUUGGACUGUGGUUAAAAUAUUGGAAGGCAUCAUUGGUUCCUAGAAAAUCGAUAUAGAAAUCCAAUGUAUUAUUCUGAAAUGAUAUACCUGUCUCUGUUCCACAGUGUCUGCAGCAGACCCUCCAUCCAAUGCAGCCAUUUUAGCUAGUGAAAUGACUCCAGGUAAUGCAUCCAAUACAUCCACUGCAGCCCAACCAUCCAACACAGCCAGUGCAAACCAACCAUCCAACCCAGCCAGUGAAAGCCAACCAUCCAACACAGCCAGUGCAAACCAACCAUCCAACACGACCAGUGCAAACCAACCAUCCAACGCAGCCAGUGCAAACCAACCAUCCAACACAGCCAGUGCAAACCAACCAUCCAACGCAGCCAGUGCAAACCAACCAUCCAACACAGCCAGUGCAAACCAACCAUCCAACACAGCCAGUGCAAACCAACCAUCCAACGCAGCCAGUGCAAACCAACCAUCCAACGCAGCCAGUGCAAACCAACCAUCCAACGCAGCCAGUGCAAACCAACCAUCCAACACAGCCAGUGCAAACCAACCAUCCAACACAGCCAGUGCAAACCAACCAUCCAACGCAGCCAUUUCAUCCAGUUCAACCACACCAUCCUGUACAACACGUCGAUGUCUGGCCAGCAUGUUGAUUGCGAAAGAAGUUCUGAGUCAGCCACAGUCUCCAUCAUGCAUCUCAAAUAUCAGUGUGCCGUUAAUAGUGUAUGAAACGCUGUCUGUCGACACAAAAGAUCUCCGCUUUGAGAGUCAUCUGCAAGUUAUGUUGUCUUGGGAAGACCCAGACUUAUCGUGGGACACAUCAGUCUAUCAUCAUAAUAUGGUUGUCCUGCCUGUCAGCAAAAUCUGGACUCCUGAACUCCAUGUGACUAAUGGAGUGCAAACAACGACAAAGCACAGCAACAAGGAUUUGCUGGUGCACAGCAACGGGACUGUAGAGCACAUGGUCAUCAUGAACACUGUGGUGGGCUGUGAGGUCAAUCUGUACAACUACCCCUUCGCUUCAGAUUUCUGCCCCAUCGCCAUCAAUGUAUGGGCACUUAAAGGAUGUGGCAUGUUCCUGAACUUUGGGAAAGUGAGCAAAACUAGUGCAAACCGCGGGGACUGGCUUACCGAGAACGUGAAACUCGAUGCUAAAGGAGGCAGAGAUGAUCGCAACUAUCUAUGGGUGUCGCUGAAAAUGCGGUCCGAAAACCCAUUUCUGUCCCUGGUCCUGCCCAGUAUACUGAUCAUUGUGUCAGAUGUGGUGAGCUUCGCCCUGCCGCUGGGAGGGGGCGAGCGUAUCUCAUUCAAGGUUACACUGGUUCUCAGCUUCAUCAUGUUCCUCAUCAUCCUCAACGACCUACUGCCUGGAGGAGGCCAGUGCAGCCCCAUCAUCCGUGAGUGUCCUGUGUGUAAUGCACCAGAAUGA